AGGUACCAGGGAGCCUAUCUGGCUCUCUGGCUGUCUGGGUCGGGACUCUGAUAACACUCCGGAGUCCGGAGUCGCGCACUCUUACCUCUCUCUAUCUUGCUUCAACCUAGCGAAUCUGUCAUUCCUCAUACCCAUGGGCGAUGCUGUAUACUUGUUGCAUCUCACGCCAGAUAACUCACACUUGUUUCCUGGGAUCGAAGUUCGCCCGGUUGGCGCCCACAGCCUCCGUCCGUUCGCACGAUCUGAACGUGCACUGGCCCUCACACUAAUAAACAACGGUACUCCAUCGAUGAGAUCGCAAUCAUUUAACGGAGCUCUCCUGUCCAUUCCUCCGCCCCUUUAUCUCAUGCUCUGCCUCGGAGCUUGAGCACAACACACGGCACUUUUCAGAAGGUCUAGUCUAGUCUCAAACACACUGGGCUGUGUGCCGUCGCUGGCUCGAACAUGACGUCGACAAAUGAGUCGGACGGGUUAGACUCGUCUCGAGGCUGGAGUCGCCGGACAGCGCGCGAGGACGAUGCGAGCGGCGUUGCUGACGAGGGCAUUACUGAGACCUCUGUUCUAUUGGGCGCAGGCGCCCAGACAAGCAAGAAUGCUCACCGUGUUCGUGAGGACAGCUGGGCCGGGACGGCCGACUUCGACGGCCUACCGUGGUGGAAGAGACCAACCGUGUGGUUCCUAUUAGCUCCAUACGCACUAUUUACUCUCGCCUUUGGCGGCGCCAUCGUCCCAAGGCUGAAUCUAAUCAUUGACCUUAUAUGCAGACACUACUUUGCGGAUAGGUCGGCCGCAGAUCCAGAUUUCACCUUCACGCCCGUUGUACCAGGCGGCAGCAACCGCCAGUGCUUCAUCCCGGACGUGCAGAAACAGGUCGCUACUUUCUCCCUCGUCCUCAACGUCCUUACCGGGACGCUGAGCUCCCUCACAGCACCCAAGCUCGGGUCGCUCUCGGACCGCUAUGGCCGCAAACGCAUGAUGAUCGUCUGCUCCGUUGGCGGCAUCCUCGCCGAGAUCAUCACCAUCCUCGCCGCCAAGUAUCCCGAAACCGUGCCGUACCAGUUCCUGCUGCUUGGCGCCUUCUUCGACGGGCUCACGGGCUCCUUCACCGCCGGCAGCGUGUUGAGCCAUGCGUACACGAGCGACUGCACGCCGCCCUCGAAGCGCGGGGUUGCAAUCGGCUACCUGCACUCGUGUCUGUUCACCGGCCUCGCGUUUGGGCCGCUCAUCGCCGGCUACCUUGUCAAGUGGACGGGCUCUCUGCUGUCCAUCUUUUACAUCCUGCUCGGGUGCCACCUUUUCUUCGUCUGCUUUAUGGCAUUCAUCACCCCGGAAUCCCUGUCCCGGAAGCAACAACUCCUGGCGCGGGAGAAGUACGCCCUGCAGCAGCAAGCCUUCGGGCCAGCGCCGGAAUGCAGCGGGCUGUUGUCGAGGAUUCCGUUCGGAAAACAACUCGGCCGCCUGUUCCACAGACUGCGGACCUCGAACCCCCUUGGGCCGCUCGACAUCCUGUUUCCCACCGGGCCGGGCACCAGGGUUCUACGGCGGAACUUUCUCGUGUUGGCCUUCAUAGACGUGGUCGUGCUCGCCGCAGCGAUGAGUGCAGGAACCGUAAUCGUCAUGUAUGUCGAGUACAUCUUUGAGUGGGGCAAUUUCGAAAGCUCCCGCUUCAUAUCCCUGACGUCUAUGGUUCGUGUCGUCAUCCUUGUGGCUGUCCUGCCUCUCAUCAACUACCUAUUCCGCACGCGCCCGGCAGCUAGGAGGACGAGAGAAGAACCGACUGUGCCGGUGGAGGAGAAGAACAGCGGGGCUGACGAGGUUGACCUCUGGAUCCUGCGGGCCGCGCUGGUUUCAGACGUCGUGGGCGUCGUCGGGUAUAUUCUGGCGCGCUCUGGACCCGUGUUUGUCGCAUGCGCCGUCGUUACGGCCUUUGGGGGGAUGGGCUCGGCCACGAUCCAAGCAGCGGUCAGCAAGCAUGUGCCCCCGGCUCGGGUCGGCCAGAUGCUGGGUGCUAUUGGGUUGCUGCACUCCUUCGCAAGGAUCAUAGCGCCUAUAUUGUUCAAUCAGCUGUAUGCGGCGACGGUUGAGUCGUUCCCGCAGGCGAUUUUCGUGCUGUUGGCUUCAGCCUAUGCAUUGGCGCUGGCAGCCUCGUUCUUCUUGAAAGCACAUGGUACGUUAUUUGCCCUGUUUCUUGCCUGCGAAAUGGGAAUCACGCUGACAGCCGGACUAGUCUAUCUGAGAGAAGAGGAUGAGCCAGCCCCUGCUCGCUCGAGCAGUAGUUCAGACCGUGUGCGGCAAGACGCCACGGAGGAUGAGGAACUUCUGUUGCCUAGGGUGUAGCAUAGCAACUCAUGUCGGGGAAGAUCAGCCUCGAUCCUUCGUCUUGCAGUAUGGUACUAGGGCCUGCGGUUCUAAGAAGUUGGGCGCUUGAGAGACUCCAGGUCGCUGUUGGCGUUUAGGCGGGUUAAGGCUGGCUCAUGAUGGCUCCGGUUAUUGCAUACUUACGUAAACAUUGGUUUGUGGAGCAGAAUCUACUCGUAUGCGUUGUUCACCUGGUCUUCAACCUUACUUCAGCUUGGCGAUCCAGCUCGUGGCUCGAAAUAAGUUCAAGAGAGUGUGUGAAGUGAGAUUGAAGCGAGAUGCUUAAUUGAUACUGUACUGUGUAGCCGAGGCUUGGUGGGGCGACUUAGAUCACCUCAAGAAGAACAUUGGAUGGAAUGGAACG